AUGCCGCCGAAGCAUGACUUCUCUCUCAGGGAGAUAAAACCAAACAUUGAUGGAGGAAAAACCUUGACUCCCAACAUGCUCACCUUGGUUGAACCACUGUAUUUCGUGUAUGUAAAAGUUGUGAGAGCCUCCCACUUGCCUUUGAAUCAAGCUACUUAUGUUGAAGUGAAGAGUGGAAACUAUAAGGCAACAACCAAGUACAUUCAAGGUACAUUAGCCCCCAUUUGGAACCAGGUGUUUGCUUUCAACAAAGAUCGUCUUCAAGCGAAGACUAUAGAGAUUUCGGUGAGGGGUAAGGUAAGUGUGACUAAUGAGAUAAUUGGUAGCAUUGAAGUUGGUAUAGGUGAUAUCCCUACUCGGCUUCAGGGGGAUUCUUCAUUGGCACCGCAGUGGUAUGGACUUGAAGAUAAGAAUGGAGUUUCUGGUAGAUCAGGAAAUUUGAUGUUGGCUAUAUGGGUGGGGAAUCAAGUGGAUGAUGCCUUUUCACUAGCUUGGCAUUUAGACGCAGCAUCUGUUAGUGUUGACAAGGUAUCUAAUGCUCGUCCACAGGUGUACUAUUCGCCAAGACUCUGGUAUCUUAAAAUAAAGGUGAAUGGUGCUCAAGAUUUGGUAGUUUGGGAUCCAAAUCGAAAACCUGAAGUUUACGUGAAGGCUACAUUGGGGAAUAAGGUUUUGAAGACCAAAGUUUCGAAGAACAAGGGUGUGAAUCCAAGCUGGAAUGAGGAGUUGAUGUUUGUUGUAGCUGAGCCAUUCGAAGAUGCUUUGAUUUUGAGUGUGGAAGAUGAUAAAGGAGAUAAUAUGGUGGAUUAUUUGGGGAAGUGUGUUAAGCCUGUGCAUAAAAUUACUCAGAGACUCUUGCCUCCUCUUCCAAGUGAAGAGAUAAUCAAUCUUGAAAGGUAUGGGGUGGUAGAGGGGCCGAUGGAGAAGUUCUCGAGUAAGCUUCGUGUCACUAUAUAUUUGGAUGGCGUGUAUCAUGUUUUCGACGAACCUGCUUUAUUUAGUACUGAUUUGAAGGCAUCAUCACCCAAACUGACGCCAGGAAAAGUUGGAGAUUUGGAGUUAGGAAUCUUAAAAGCUGAAGGGUUGGUGCCCAUGAAAUCCAAGAAUGGAUUGAAAACUACUGAUGCUUAUUGUGUGGCCAAAUAUGGACCCAAGUGGACAAGAACUAGCACUGUUGUUAGCAGUUUAGAACCAAAAUGGAUGAAACAAUAUCAAUGGGAUGUUUUGGAUCCAUGCACAGUGAUUGCUAUCGGAGUUUUCGACAACAAUAAUUUACAAGCAGGGGAUGGAUGGGCAACUGAUAGAUUAAUUGGCAAGGUAAUCAGAAUUCGGCUUUCUACACUUGAAUUUGGUCGGAUAUAUAAAUAUGCCUAUCCUCUGGUAGCCUUGAUGCCUGAUGGGGUGAAGAAAAUGGGGGAACUUCAUUUCACUCUAAGAUUUAUCUAUACUAAAGGUUCUGGUGACAAAAUUUAUCAAUACACGCAGCCUAUGCUUCCCAAACCAGCCUAUACAGACCCAAUGUCUGUGUACCAAAUAGAUAGUUUAAGGAACCAGGCUGUUCGUCACAUAGCCAUGAGACUUGCCCGUGCUGAACCACCAUUAAGAAGAGAGGUGGUGGAGUCUAUGUUGAGUGGACGGGGACCUGUAUGGAGCAUCCGGAGAGGAAAAGCUAAUUUCCAGAGAGUGAUGGAAUGUUUGAAAUUCCUCAAGACAGCUUUGAUUUGGCUUGAUGACCUACGCCAGUGGAAGAAUUCAAGGACGACGAUUGUCAUGUUUGCAGCGUUUUCAGUUUUUGUAUAUUAUUCAGAGAUCAUAAUUCCAUCUUUCUUUGCCUUCCUCUUCUUGAAAGCUCUGCGCAACUAUUUCAAGAGGCCUCGAGACAUUCUAUGUUUGGAUACGAAUCUAUCACAAGUUGAAUCUGUGAAUACUUUAGACUGGCAGGAAGAGCUGGACACAUUCCCUUCAUCUGCGCCAUUCGAGGAUUUGAGGCUCAGGUAUGACAGAUUGAGAGCCAUUGGAUACAGGAUAGAAGAAACAGUAGGCGACUUGGCGACUCAAUUGGAGAGGUUUCAUGCUAUAUUUUCAUGGAGGGAUCGAAGAGCUACUUUAAUCUUUACACUCUUCUGCCUAGUCGCUUGGAUAGUGUUUUACCUCGUGCCUUUCCGGUUGCUUUUUUUUCUUUUUGGCACCUACAUGAUGAGGUCUCCAAGAUUUCGAGUUACUCUUCCACCGAUACCUCAAAAUGUAUUCAGGAGGUUGCCUUCGAGAGACGAUUGCUUGCUUUGA